AUGUCGGCGGAACGUCUUGGAAUGUACCAAAUCCGCGGUCCGACUUUGAAAAUUAUCGUGCAUACAAUGGACUCCAGACAAGAGCCCAAAACCAUCCAAAAGGCUUGCCAACUCGUGGCGAAGAAGAUCGGUCGUGAAUGGCCUCGCCUUUACCUGGUUCUACCGAUGAAGCCUGAGCGCGAACAUACUAAGCGGCAAAAAGAUAUCCAACAAUUAACCGAUGCCCGAAUAUUGCGUUGCGAUAGGACGCUCUCGGGUGACGCACGGGCUGCUCUCGCACGCUGGAUGCUGUUGUACCACCAAGCAGAUUUGAACGAUUUAAUAGCUGCUUUGGAGGCGGCCGGCUGGUUACAAUUAGCCACAGAUAUACGCAGGCGCUGGCAAAAAAGCACGGGAGUAGGCGAAGAAAAUGUCAGCGGUCAGACGGAGACCUUUGGACAAACAAAAGGACAACUCGCAUCCGAGAUGAAGGAGAGCACAAAGCGACCAAGUGAGCAGAAAUACCCGAAUGAGGCAGAUAAUUUAGGUAAUACGGCAAAGUCACAAGACGUCAAUCAGGAGAACUCACCUACGCCACUACACUUAAUGAGAUCAUCUUUGAUAAAAUCAAAUUCCAGACAGGCCAUAACUUCCGAAGAAUAA